ACGUUUCUGAACCUGCUGCUGCAAUUGAUCCCAAGAACGCAGAGUACGGCAAAACGCCAAAUAAAAACCGAAACUUUGUCAUCAACCAAUUCUGCACUCCAAAUCCAACCUUCGUUUUAUCCUACCCAUCUUUGAUUUUUUUCCUGGGACACUGUUGUUUUCAUCUAUGUCACUAAUUCCUUACUCUCGGUGGGUUGUUGGGUCCAGAAACAAGACAUGGAGGUUAACAUGACCAAAACGUUGUCAGUGUGUAAGAGUUUGUUGAAGGACGUUGAGAAAUGGGGUUGUUUGAAGCAGACAGGGGUGAGUUUGAGAUACAUGAUGGAGUUUGGUUCCGCACCCACAGACAAGAAUUUGCUCAUUUCUGCUCAGUUCCUUCACAAGGAGCUUCCAAUUAGGAUUGCAAGGAGAGCCAUUGAGCUUCACACUCUCCCUCAUGGCUUGUCCCACAUGCCUCCUGUUUUGAAGGUUAGAGAUUGGUACUUGGAUUCAUUCCGUGACCUUAGAUCUUUCCCUGAGAUCAAGGACAUGAAUGAUGAGAAAGAAUUCACUGAAAUGAUUAAGGCCAUCAAGGUGAGACACAACAAUGUGGUACCUACAAUGGCCUUGGGUGUUCAACAAUUGAAGAUUGUUUCUGAGGAUCCUGAUGAGAUUGACGAGUUUCUUGAUCGCUUUUACAUGUCAAGAAUUGGAAUUCGGAUGCUCAUUGGGCAGCAUGUUGAGUUGCACAAUCCCAAUCCUCCUCCGAAUCGUGUAGGUUAUAUACAUACAAAAUUGUCUCCAGUGAGUCUGGCGAGGAAUGCUAGUGAGGAUGCACGUGCUAUGUGUUAUCGUGAAUAUGGCACUGCCCCAGAUGUCAACAUUUACGGUGAUCCUGAUUUUACCUUUCCGUAUGUUCCAGCUCACUUGCAUCUUAUGGUAUUUGAGUUGGUUAAGAACUCACUGCGAGCUGUGCAAGAGCGUUUUAUGGAUUCUGACGAAAUUGCUCCUCCCAUUAGAAUAAUAAUAGCUGAUGGAAUAGAGGAUGUUACCAUAAAGGUAUCAGAUGAGGGAGGUGGAAUACCGAGGAGUGGUCUCCCAAAAAUAUUUACAUAUCUCUACAGUACAGCCAGGAACUCAGUGGAUGAACAUGAAAAUUCUGAUCUUGGAACAGCUGGUAAUGUAACAAUGGCUGGAAAUGGUUAUGGACUUCCUAUUUGUCGCUUGUAUGCUAGGUAUUUUGGGGGUGAUCUUCAAGUAAUCUCUAUGGAAGGAUAUGGGACUGAUUCAUAUCUUCAUUUGUGUCGUUUGGGAGAUUCACAAGAACCUUUGCCCCCCUAAAUGUAAUUAAUCUAGGUAAAUAUUGUACAUGGAAACACCAAAACUAUGUUGACACCCACAAUAUUUUUAUUAUUAUUUUUUCCUAAUUCUUAACAACUUGAGAACUUCCUUAAUAUAGUACUUGAUGAGAGUUGUUAAA